AGCCGGUAUAGGAAUGAACGAGCAUGGAGAUUUGAAAUUGCACGGAUUGGAAGGAAGCUCAGGUUAGGUUCGGGCACCUCCAAACGCACCCUUUUUAAAACCACACGGACUGAGGCCUCGAGCUCCAAGCUCCACAAAACGGAGCUGGCCCGGCAGCGAGCGGCAGAGGCGCCGGGAGCCCGCACAGCGCGCCGAACCGGGCGGAGCGCAGAGCCGCGGGCACCGGCACCUCCAGAAUGAUAGGCGACGUUGCCACAAAUCUCUCCGCCCAGCCGCUCAGGGGGCUCCGAGGGAAACAGCAAGUUCGGGGAUCGGGGCGGGGAGCCCAGUGAGGCCACCGCCCCGAGGGCUGCGGACAAACAUCUUGGAAAAUGUAUACAAGUCAUGAAGACAUUGGGUAUGAUUUUGAAGAUGACCCCAAGGAUAAGAAGACACUUAAACCCCACCCAGACAUUGAUGGCGGAUGGGCUUGGAUGAUGGUCCUUUCCUCUUUCUUUGUGCACAUCCUCAUCAUGGGCUCCCAGAUGGCCCUGGGAGUCCUCAACGUGGAGUGGCUUGAAGAAUUCCAUCAGAGCCGUGGCCUGACGGCGUGGGUCAGCUCCCUCAGCAUGGGCGUCACCUUGAUUGUGGGACCUUUCAUUGGCUUGUUCAUUAACACCUGUGGGUGCCGCCAGACCGCCAUCAUCGGAGGGCUGCUGAACUCGCUGGGCUGGGUGUUGAGUGCCUACGCUGCAAACGUGCAUUAUCUCUUCAUUACCUUCGGAGUGGCAGCCGGCUUUGGCAGCGGGAUGGCCUACUUGCCGGCCGUGGUCAUGGUGGGCAGGUACUUCCAGAAGAGGCGCGCGCUCGCCCAGGGCCUCAGCACCACCGGGACCGGGUUUGGCACAUUCCUCAUGACGGUUUUGCUCAAGUACCUGUGCGCAGAGUACGGAUGGCGGAAUGCCAUGUUCAUCCAAGGCGCGGUGUCCCUGAACCUGUGUGUUUGCGGGGCGCUCAUGAGGCCCCUCUCUCCUGGGACGGAUGGAGACGACCCAGAAGGGAAAGAGCCACACGUCCUCCCGGCUCACUCCACCGAAUCUGUUCGGUCCAGUGGACAGCUGGGCGGAGCGGAAGAGAAGGGGGGCGGCCCCGGCACCGAGGACUCCCUCGGGGACAUGCCAGCCCAGGCGUGCCACGAGAAGGCUGCACACAGAAAGGACAUGUGCGCCUUUCGGGUUCUGAAGACCGUGAGCCGGCUGACCAUGAGGGUCAGGAAGGGCUUCCGGGAUUGGUACUUGGGCUAUUUUGGGACAGCCUCGCUCUUUACUAAUCGGAUGUUUGUUGCCUUUAUUUUCUGGGCUCUGUUUGCAUACAGCAGCUUUGUCAUCCCUUUCAUUCACCUCCCAGAAAUAGUCAAUUUGUAUAAUUUAUCAGAGCAAAACGAUGUUUUCCCUCUGACUUCGAUCAUAGCAAUAGUUCAUAUCUUCGGAAAAGUGAUCCUCGGCGUUGUGGCCGACUUGCCUUGCAUCAGCGUUUGGAAUGUCUUCCUGAUGACCAACUUCACCCUAGUCCUCAGCAUUUUCAUUCUGCCCUUGAUGCACACGUACGCUGGCCUGGCAGCCAUCUGUGCACUGAUAGGGUUCUCCAGCGGUUAUUUCUCCCUGAUGCCGGUGGUGACUGAAGACUUGGUGGGGAUUGAGCACUUAGCCAACGCGUACGGCAUCAUCAUCUGUGCUAACGGCAUCUCUGCGUUGCUGGGACCACCUUUUGCAGGGUGGAUCUACGACAUCACACAAAAAUAUGAUUUUUCCUUUUAUAUAUGUGGUUUACUCUACAUGGUAGGAAUACUCUUUUUACUCAUUCAACCGUGUAUUCAAAUUAUAGGACAGUCCAGAAAAAAAUACAUAGAUGGUGCAAAUGUGUAACGUCCUGUUACGUCCCGUGUAAGAUUCCUUUGCCAUACUCAUGCCUACCUCACAUGGUUGCUGUGAGGAGCCUGUGACACAUCAUGGGAAAGUACGUCAUCCCAUAACUGGCACCGUCGUUUGUAAAUGCCAUUGUCAUGGCUUCGUUUGAAAGCAGCACUGCCUUCCUGUGCAGGGAGAGGCAUUAAGGACUACAUGCAUCUUAGAGAUGACCGUGUCCUGCAAAGACAGCCUAUUAAAUCAUUGGUAGAAACGCCCUCCUAAAAAGUAUCUCAUCAUCCACUAAGACUAGGGUUUUAGAAACAGUUUUUAAAACAAAGAAUGAAAGCUUUUCAACCCAACUACUUCUUUUUAAGAUGAAAAUAAGGUAUCUAAGUGCUUCUGGAAAUCUUACAGAUACAGGUCUCCCCCGCUUUUUGAAAGCGCUUUCCACUGCUUUGCUUUUAUGAAAGACCUACGUUAGUACCUGUUUUCACUCACCAGAAGAAACCCAAGGAGGAUUUUCGCUUUUACAAAAAGAAAAGGGGAACCACGUUCAGCGUUUGUUUUGCUGUGAACCUUUAUAGAGGCAGCUCGGCCGGAGCAGCAAGAGUGGCUCCUUCCGGGGAACCACAUUCUGCAAUUCAGCCUCAAGUCGCCAUAGCUUUGAACUGUGUCUGUGAGCAUCUGUACUUGAUCUCGAUUUAUUUUGUGCAUCCAUGAGCAAGAUGUGACCUAAGGUCAUGGCUUCUUUGCUUUAUGCCAUUUCAGUUAAGGUUUCACAGAACACUCUGCUUUCAGAUAGUGGGGAAAACCUGUAAAUGGGUUUUAAGCAGAAGACUAUGCUGGAUUUCAGAAAUUGUUACAGGGAGCUGUUGAUCUACCAGUGUAAAACAAAAGCAGGCUCUAACUUCAAAGGUAAUAUAUUUGGUACAAUUAAAGAAACACAGCUUAUAUUUUUAUUAAAGAAUUCUGCAGCUAGGGCAUACAAUUUCUAAAUCUUUCUCUAAGAAAAGCAUUUGCCGUUACUCCUAAUUCAAUAUUAUCCAGUUAUAAACUGAACCUUGAGACAAAACCUUAACAAAUAAAUAUUAAUAAUCUCCUUAGUGAAAGUCAUAUUCAUGCAUACAACCACUGAAUCAAGGGCUACGAUUCAAGCACUUUUAUUCAUUUCAUUGGCCUCUUAGUUUAUGAGCACGAUCUGAGGCCUAUAGAAAAAAUUUUUUCUGAGUUUCUCCUGCCCAGUAAAUAAAAUAGAAAACUAAUUGCUGGUUAACAUGUAAAGUUGGUGGUUAAAUCGUCUGUCAAGCAUGUUACUAAUCCCAAAUAUGAGACUAUCAGGUUGUGAGGAUAAUAAAAUGCCCUUGGUCCAAAUGUCUGUGCACUUGACAUUGCAGUAGUGGUAACAAAUAGCCCUUCUCCAGUGUCUUGCUGUUCUAUGGACAGUUCAUCUGCCUGAGCUCAGCACAGUUUUUAAAAUAGUUCUCUUGAUUGAUUUCAAACAGAAGAUAACUGUGAUCCGUGAUAUCACGUAAUGCUCUUCCUUUAUCGGAGAUCUCUAUUUUUCUAAGCCAAACAUGUUUCACACUGCAGAAUGUUCUUCCCAGAAUCAUUCUGAAAUUUCUGGCUGCCUUACUUGUUUACACAUAUUUUAGAACUAUUUAAAUUUCCACUUACAAUUUGCUCAUCACACACACACAAAAAUGCUUUAAUAUCAUGGCCAGUGUCUUGGGUCAAAUUUAUCUAAAGUGAGUACAGACCAUUCUCAGUUAUCCUUGGUAAUUAGAGGCAGGAAUGGUACUAGUAAUUGGAGUCACAGAAUGUUACCCCAGCCUAAUUUUAGCCAUCCAUUUCAGUCUUUUACUCCACCAAACCCUUUAGAGCUGUUAACAAGUGAUUACAUGGACACGAUUCCUUUUUGUUUCAUCUCCACUAUUUCCUGCUCUAAUGUCUAGUGGGAGGGGUUGGGUAAUGAAAGGGACCACCAAAAUAACAAUAAUCAUAAAAGGCGGCUAAUGGAAAGGAGAAACAAAAGCAUGGCUAACAUAUGCAAUAUUACCUCCAAUGAUUCAAGAAUUGCCUGUAAAUUAUUAUAGAUAAUAAAUUGCAUGUCGUACUCCAUUUGGUCCAACACAAUGACCCGUUUGUUAUCAUGACAUCUUUGGCUGCUGUGAAAGAACCCAGCUCUCUGUUUUUGAUAAAGGUAAUCUUAAAUGCUGAGGCAACGUUUUUCUCUCUAUAUAUUUACCAUUAAAUUAGGAUGAUAGAUUGAAAAACAUGUUGUGUGUUUUAAAACUGACUACAUUACUCCUUUACUUUUAUUUACUGACAAUACCAAAUUAACAAGAGGCGGUGUUAAAUACCGGGAAUGGUGCUAUACAGCUGAUGCAUUUUGAUGCUUGCACUACUAGUUGUGCAUCACAAAUACGAACUUUUUAUCCAAUGACCCAGCUUUAGUUAAAUAUCCAAGUGAGACCUGCUUAUGUUCAGUCUGUCCAGUUGUUUGUUGAUUUACCAUAUUUUUAGAAGUGGUGAUCUCUACCAAAUCAAGUCCCUGUUUUACAAAGACAAAAGUAAAACCUACUUGCAAUAUUCAUGUUGCCAACAGAAAAAAAAGAGAAUGCUUAUAAAGAAUUACAGCAAAUACAUUAUUUCCUGUUUAAAUGUAUCCUGAUGAUAUAUAGGGUUGAUUGUAUAUUUGUUAUGUGCUUUAUAGGUUUCCCCUCACAUAUCCAAAUACUUUUUAUUUACAUAAAACUAAAUAAAUUUUGUCCUCUUUAAAGAUGGUCAGUGAGUUUUUGUACAAAAUCUUUAUUUUCUUAUCUUUAAGAGGAAAACUCCUAAAAUAUAAGUGAUAAUUAUCUGUUUGGUUCUUUCCCCUGGAAGAGUUUUUCUCUAGGUAUGGUUAUAAAACCACCGAGAGAGAAUCACUGAGCGUGAUUGUUAGAAGGGCCAAGUUCAGCUACAAAAUUUAAAAUGCACACACCCUAUAAUCCAGCAACUGCAUUUCUAAAAUUUUUUCCUACAUAUGAACAAAGACAAAUGAACAAGGAUUUUUUGAUUUAUUGUUUGUUAUAUAAAAGACUGGAAAUAAUUUAAAUGUCCAUCAAUGGGAACUGUUAGAGUAUGGUAUUUAUGCAACUGUUAAAAAAAAAAAAGACCGAUUCAUAUGUAAAAUUAGACAACAGUAUCCAAGAUAUAUUGCUAAGAGAAAAAAAGCAAGACAUGUUUAAUGUACCCCCAAUUACAUUUUUGCUAACUACAAAAAAGGUUAU